UCAACAGCUAGAACAGUAGAAGGCUUGUGACCUUACAUCUUUCUAGAUUUCCUGAUAGAAUUAACUUCAUUACUGCAUAAGCUGUUAAAAUGGAGAUGAUCGUAGAAUGCUGUCUUUAUUUUCUUUACGUUACACUCAUGGUUAUAAGUGUUGGGUUACUGCUAGAGCAUGCGGUAGAGGGCCGGUCAGUGAGGUGGUUAGUUUUAUUCAUGGUUUCUGGAGUGACGUUGAGUUGGUUUGUUCAUUCGAACGUUUUUAAAGUGGGACUAGUGAUUGUGCUGUGUGCUUUGAUCCUCUAUGUAGGGAGAGAGGAGGCCACACUUCUUGCCCUGAACAGAGCGGUACUCAUCACUGGUUGUGAUUCGGGUUUAGGUAAUGAUCUGGCCAGGUUUUUGGACCGUGCAGGGAUGAGGGUGUUUGCUGGGGUUCUGGAUGAAUUCAGUCCUGGAGCUGAAGAGCUCAAGAUUUCUUCGUCUUCAAACCUCACUGUUCUACAAUUAGACGUUACAAACAGAAGUCAGAUUGCAAAAGCACAUCAGUACAUACAGAAGCAAACUGCUGAAACAGGUCUUUGGGCACUGGUGAACAAUGCGGGAGUUCUGGGAUAUGUGUGUGAUGGAGAAAUUCUUCCCAUUAAAACAUAUAAAAAAUACUUGAAUGUGAAUUUCAUUGGUAGCGUGGAGGUCACUCAAGUCUUUCUGCCUCUGAUACGACAAUCAAAAGGAAGAAUUAUCAGCAUAUCAAGUAUGGCAGGAGAAGUUCCUCUCCCUGGAUUUGCAGCAUAUGGAGCAUCUAAAGCAGCUCUGUUCAUGUACAGUGGAGCGAUCAGACAAGAACUCUCACGCUGGGGAGUCAAAGUCAUCGUCGUUCUACCUGGAGCUUUUAAAACAAAUAUUUUAGGCAGCAAGGAGCAGUGGAGUCAUGUACAGGAGGAGGUUAUCAGUGGUUUAUCUCAGGAUGUGACGGAAGCUUAUGGAGAAGAAUACAUCAGCUCAAUGCAGCAGCGACUAGUCAACAUGUCUUCAAAAUCCAGCUCAGACACAGGACCGUUUGUGGAAGCUUUAAAGCAUGCGUUACUCUCCACAAAACCAAAAAAGUUAUAUUACCCAGGGCCUGCAGCAUGGGCUAUUCCAUUCCUAUACAGACACUGUCCCACCUCACUGUCUGACAUGGUCUUCUCACGGAUCUUUAUGACUGGCAACAUCCAACCAGCACAGCUCUGAAUUCGCGACUGUAUAUUUUGCAUCAGCCUUGUUUCCAGAAUUUACAAGUUUAACUCUGAGUCCGAUAAAAGACCUAAUUUGGCAGGUUGUCUGGUAUGGAGAUGCAUUGGUAACACGAACAAGAUUAAAUUCUGGUCAGGGUGAUCAGAGAGUUGCAGUGUUCCUGAGAUCCUCUCUUAGCCCUUGUGCAACCUUCGGGACAUUUUUGUCUUUUUCAUUUUAGUUUUUUCGAUAAUUUUGUCCGUGUUAAUGCCAACGGCAUACAUUUUGCCAAAGGUGUGUAUUUUGGGGGGAAUUUGGAUAUUUCACCCUCAGUUCCUAUAAUACAUCUAUAAUAGACUGUGUACACAAAAUAGUUACACUCAGGUCCUUCAGGACAAAAAUGUCCCCAUUGAAACCCAUUAAGGCCGUAUGUCCACCAAAGCAUUUUUCAUUUGUUUGCAAUGGGAGCGCCGAGUUUUUUUCUGGUCGCCGAGAGUUGAAAACUGUUCAACUUUGGGUAAAACACAGUGCUCGUCACUGUCACUUUUUACCCAGCAUUCCAAUAACUGUGGAGGAGGGGCGGGACAAAUACCACACUGACCAACCAUCACAUCUUGUGCAACGAUUAAACAACAAUGGAGGAGAAGUUUGCUGGUCUCCAAGUAUUCAUGUCUGUACUAGAUGACAUUCCUGGACUGCCACAAUAUUAAUAUGAAAAAUAAUGCUUCAGCCUUCCCUUCAUCCAUAGCAAGGGCCAGAGCAAGUACUGUUCCUUGUGCCAACUUUUUAAAUUCAGUACUUGUUGAUAACACAAUGUAUCUUCGAAAUUAGGUACUUGCAACAUAUUACUUCUGUGGAUAUUCAAUAUCAUAGCAACUAAAGCAUCUCAACUAAAAAAUGCUGUACCUCCAAAGCGCUCUCAAAUGCUCCCAGCUCGGCAUUUUCAGAAGAGUGCCUGGCAUUUUCAGCUGGCAAAAAACACUUUGGUGGGCACACCAAACUGCAAUAUUUUAUCCCAGUCUAAUUAAAGUGUAAACUCAUGAAUUCUAUGAUAUUAUGCUUGAAUUCCGGAGCCCGGCCUUCAAAAUGUACAUUUUUUAUAUUUUCUACCAGAUGUCGCCAUUUUUCUCGUGUUUAGCCUAUGGAGCAAAUACAUACUUUUUUCCUGUUUUCUGUUUGCUAAGCACUGCAGAACAACUGAAUAAAUGA